AUGGCUAAAUUCCCUCAUGUCCUUGACGAUCCAACAACCCUGCCACGUUCUUUGGAUCCCUUUACUAUUACCACCUCUACUGGCUUUAUGCCUCUUAUCAUUCCUCCCGUCGAACUGCCAGAAGUCUUUGCCCCCCUGACCUCUCUGCUGUCUCGUCUUCCCGUCGAGAAGGCAGAUGGCACACCAGGCCUCUUGGCUACCUACGAGCUAGGUCCAGCUGUGCUGGAGCUUCCUGACCUCACCUCGGAGGUUGAUAAGCUCAUCACUGAGGAUGGUAAACCAGACAUGUUUACCAUCACCGCGGUCUUUAGGGACUAUUCCUUCCUGGCCUCCUCUUACUUGUUGGAGCCCUGCUGGAAGAACUGGAAGUCCAACCCCGAUGGCGGGUACGGGUUGGGAAGAGACACCCUUCCACAUUCCGUUGCCGGCCCUAUGUAUCGCUGUGCUGAGAUCCUCGACAUCCCCCCCUUUCUGUCUUAUGCUGCAGCAUAUUCUCUUUAUAACUAUACCCUUGCCGACCCAUCUAAAGGCCACGAAUAUUCCAACCUGCGGCUUGUGCGAGCCUUUGAACGUGGUCUGGACCCCAAAAGCUCCGAAGCUGGCUUUAUCUUAACCCACAUCUACAUGGUUAAGGAGACCUACGCUUUGAUAAGUGGAGUUGUCCGCAUCCUCAACUCCCUUGACACAAUUAAGGAUCGUAAGGAGAUCAAUGAUGCCUACCGACAGAUCCUGGCUGCUAUGAAUAAAAUUGAAGAAUGCAUGGAAGAUAUGUGGAAAAAUUCAAAGCCGACUGAAUACCUUGCGUUCCGUGUUUUUAUUUUCGGAAUUACUUCUCAGUCCAUGUUCCCCAAUGGUGUAGUUUAUGAGGGAAUCAACGACAACAAACCGCUAUACUUCCGUGGAGAGAGUGGUGCUAAUGACAGCAUUAUACCCCUGUUGGACCACCUUCUCGAGAUCCCUAUGCCAAAUACCCCGCUAACAAAAAUCCUUCACGAAUUCCGAGCCUAUCGUCCUCGGCCCCAUCGUGAAUUUUUGGCUCACGUUCGUGUUCGAUCAGAGGAGCUUGGUGUCCGCAACUACGCUGUCCAAGACCCAGAGACCGUGUUCCUAUAUCUGAAAGCCCUCGACCAUGUUCGUAGCUUCAGAUGGCGACACUGGUUGUUUGCCAGAGAAUACAUUAUCAAACGAACUCCACACCCAACUGCAACUGGAGGAAGUCCUAUUGUCACGUGGCUUCCCAACCAGCUCUCGGCUGUCAUGGAUUUGAUGAUCGCCACAUACGACGACUAUGUUGUGCCCGUAAUCAAGAAUGGAGCAAAUGGCGCUGCGGCAUCUGGCAACGAUGUGGACCUAGGGUCUUCUAAACAUUAUAGGGACCAGGUGGAAGAAAUGAUGGAAAACGUGCGCGACCAGAGGACUAAACUGGCAAGAGAGGUUGAAAGGUGGUGUGCAGAGCGUGGUGUGCAAGGAUAG